AUGAGCAGUAAGAGGAGUAAUUUCGCAGCAUGUAAAGGUGUUGACGGAAAGUUGAAUGGCAUUGUUCACACCAAGAAUUCUGACACAGAAUGGUGGUGUGUUGACUUAGAGAAAAUAUACGACUUUCAAUCCGUCGUUCUAUACAACAGACGGGGUGGAAACCAAGUCGCAUUCAAUAGAUUGGCGGGAUUCGAGUUAAAGUUGAGUAAUAAUGGACAUUGCGAUUUCGAAACAUUUAAUGGAAGCCCAGUAUGUUACAAAGAUACUGAAUCAAUUGGUUCUUCUCCUGGCUUGGGAUUAUCGUUUGAAUCUAGUCGUAAUUCUAAACGGGUUCCUGGGCCAGUGUAG